UGCAAAAAUCAUAUAUUUUUCGUUGGUCAUGAAUUGAUAAAAUAUUUAAGUUUUUUUUAAUAUGUAAUAAUUUGUAAAGUGUAUAAAAUAAAUUCAUGUUUACCAACCUACUAUGAUAUAACCAUAUAAUCUUUUCUCACACCCGGAGGAAUACAAAAUCAGGUACCCACUGUACAACAUGUAAUUAGUGAGUGGUUACCAAUCUUAGUGUCAUGGCUACGUAAAUUUUUUAUAUUUCAGGUUCUUCACGAUGGUUUUACGUUUCAAGCUUUGGAAUUUGACUCGAACUUUAAAAUUGUUUGUUGCAGUAGAAGAGACAAAGGGGAACAUACGUGAUGCAUUAAUUGCCAAAGCUUCCGAGAAGAUGAAAAUCCAUGGUACGUCUCUUGUCCUAGAAUCUGAUGGUACAGAGAUUGAAGACGACGACACAUUAAUGGAUAUUAAAAAAGAAACAUUAAUGUUAUUACAAGAUAAUGAAAUCUGGUAUGAUGGACCUUCCGUACCAUUAGAGCCUGUUCACUCCUUUGCAAGCGCUGACACCUUGUCCGUUAGUGACUCAUCUUUGAGUAGUAUUUCAAGAGCAUCAACUCCCGAUACCGAAAGAUUAUCUGAAAACCCAUGGGAAGAGUUUGAAAUACCAUGGUCCAGAAUGAGUUCGUUUGUCAUAAAAGAUUGUGAAGCGGGGCUAAGGCAUAAAUCUACUAUUACUGAGGUCAUUCAUUGUAUUACUAAUGCCUUAAAAGGUCUUAAAAAUAUAGCGAAAAAGGUGGUUUUAAAGUAUCCCAAAACCUUUCAAGAUAUUGACGAAGAUGGUCAUGUUUACGGCGAUGGAUCUCACUCGAUUUUUUCCAAAUUAAGAGAACAUUUUAAAUAUGUAAACAGACGCAGCUCUGCUGAGAGGUCUGAUGCACCCUCUCCAAUUUCACUUAAGAAAAGAAAGAAAAUGUUGGCUUCUAAAGCAGGUUGUUCUAAUUGGCAACCACAUGUUGAAGAACACCCAGUGGACGUUACGGAAAAUAUUAAAGAGCAGUUAAAAACAAUUGAUAUUAAGUGUGUGGCAUUAGAGCCAGAGAUUCUGGACUUACUCGAAAAGAGCUACCUAGCUCAAAGACUUUUUUUAAAUUCGGCUGAACCACCUGCUUUGAAAACUAUAAGACAAGAAUGGCCAGUUCUUUUGUGUCCUGCUGGGAUUUUCUGGCAUUACGAAAAAUUAAUGUCUCAAAAUAUCAAUGUGCUUUAUGAGGCUUUAAUUACUAAGUCAGAAAAAAUUUUAAAAUUCGGCAGGAAGAAAAAUUACAUAAAUGAUGAAUCCCUCACUGAUGAAAAUGACAAAUUCAUUAAAGUCAUGGUUGUACUUUGUAUGUUCUUUUCUGAACCUCCAAAUGCCUUAUACUGCAUAGUAAACGACGAGUCUGACAUAGGAAAAGGCAUGAACGCUCCCAGUAUUAUAGGCUUUCAUAAAGAAGGAAGCACUGUUUACCAUGUCGUGAUGGAAAAUGAAGUUCUUAAUGGGGGUUCUUGUUAUUUUAAAGAUGCAUUGUUGCAGUUGUUUGCUAUAUAUUAUAACUUUAAUUUAGAAUACCCAAAACAAACUUCAAAUACACUAGAAUUUAUUCAACGAUACAUGAUGAAAAUCCAUCCCGACGUUGGAACCAAGAAUAAGAAGACUGCUUCUAAAAUGAAGAUCAUUUCGUUGAUUAACAAGUUGCGCGAUGAAUAAAAAAAGCCGUAGUAAUAUGGCAAGAGUUUUUUUUUUGUAAUUUUUCGAAGUUAUUACUAUUUUUCAUUUAUA